AUGCCGACAUCUCUUAUCUCCCGCAUGCUGGAUGAGCCCGUCCAGUACUACUCCCAGGGUCUCCGUGGUCGUUUCCAAGUGGACGCUCUCCGUAAUCCCAUGCUUCAGACCUUCUCCAAGGCCUAUGCGGCCAUUGAUUACGAGUUCAGCCAGGAGGACUACGAGGGCCGGACCGAGGCUGUCCUCCGUGCCGGCCACCUGGAGACCCACCUACCUUAUGGGUUUCCGGAGUCUGUCAAGGGCCGCAUGACGUGGUCCGGCGCUGAUUUUGCCAACGACGAGUCGUACGUCGUCCAUCUGACCGACGAGUGGAAGGUCGAGAUCCAAAGUGCUCUGGACCACUUUCUCUCCCUCGGGAUUCCCAACACCGAGGUGAACCCUUCCAACUUCCCUCUUCCUACUCUGGGCCCUCGCCUUGUCGAGAUCCGCAAUGAUGUCUACUACGGCCGUGGCUUCGCCAUCCUCCGCGGCCUCGACGUCGACUCCUUCGACAACGACAACGGCAUCACCGUCAGCCUCGGUAUCACUUCCUACGUCGCACCUACCCGUGGCAAGCAGAACCAGCGUGGCGAUAUGAUUAUGCACGUUAUCAACACCGACGAGGAUGACGUCCAGUCGAACAAGACCGUGGAGAAGCCCUUCCACACGGAUACCGUCUGCGACGUGUUGUGCCUCUUCACCAAGGCCUGCGCUUCCGUCGGCGGACGCAGCAUCAUGUCCUCCGUCGGCCAGGUGUACAACGAGCUGGCAGCCACCCGUCCCGACAUCAUCCACGCCCUUACCCGCCCCAACUGGCCUUUUGACACCAUACUACAACCGCGCCCUCCUCUACCACCACGACGACAAGAUCCUCAUGAACUUCUCCCGCCGCCUCCUCACCGGCUCCCUCCCCGCGACCCCCGCACCCCCGGCAUCCCCGGCCUCACCGAGCGCCAAGCCGAGGCCCUCGACGCCGUCCACGCCAUCGCCCGCGCCCACGAGAUCCGCACCGUCAUGCAAAAGGGCGACAUCCGCUUCCUCAACAACAUGGGCCUCCUCCACCGCCGCGAAUCGUUCGAGGACGCCGAGGGCGCCGACCGCCGCCACCUCGUUCGCCUUUGGCUCCAUAACCAGGACCACUGCUGGAAGCUCCCCGCACCCCUCCGCCUCGCUUGGGCCCGCGUCUUCGAGGACGAGGAGAGGGAGACUCAUUGGACUUUUGACCCGGUCGGCGCGGACGGCAAGGUCCUUAGGUCGGCCGUUUCUUGUGACUAA